UCUCCCGAACCCAGACUCAGAGCGGAGGCAGACACGCGCGGUGCGGGAUGAGCGCGCAGGAUUACGCAUGCGUGACGGUGCGGGGUCGCGCGCCCUGGGGCUUCCAGCUGCGCCAAAAUGACACAAAGCCACACCGGAGUGUUCAGGUGCACCAGGUUGAAGAAGGCAGUCAUGCAUCUAUGGCUGGUCUGUGUGAGGAUGAUGAGCUCGUGUCUGUUAAUGGAGUUUCCUGCUCCAGCCUCAGCCUUGCAGAAGUUAUUGUUCUCAUUGAGAAAGCCACUGACUGCCUGCAACUGCUGGUAAAAAGAUGCUGUUUAUAUCCUCAGAAGUCUCAGUCAGUUAACACCACACUUCAGGCAUCCUGGAGGGAACUGAGGAAACCCUUCAAAUCUGAGAAUGACAGUGAGGCCCAUUAUGGAAAAACAAACAGAAAUACAAAGUGCCCUGAAGGGAACACCAUGGUUCGAACACAGUUUUGUAUUCCAGCACCCAAGGAUAGAGCUGGACCAAAAAUCUAUGACUCUAGUGAUGGAGGCCCCAGGUUAGAAAUUACUCCAGGAGGGGUAGUUGAACUGCAGUUGUCACUCUCUCAGACCACCCUGGAAGACAAAGGCUGUACCUCAUUAGGCAGUGCUUGUGGAGUUAAAGGAGACUUGUGCCGUAAACCAAACACUGAAAACGAGGACACUACAAUUAGUGCACCAGGGUGCUCUUUCUAUAUACCAUUGCAUGAAAGAGAGCCUUUAGGUCAACGAGGCGUGCUUGUCAGUUCACCCUCUGCUUUGCUGGGACAGGUGGAAGUCGCCAUACAACCACUUGGGAGGGACUCCAGAACAGGGAGAGUGGGGGCCAGUGGGACUGAGGCAACAGCUAAUGAACAACAGGAUUAUGCUGAGGGAGAAGGAGGGCACACUGAUGAAGAUCCCACCUCCUUUUCUGUCUCCUUUGGAAUUCCAUCAGAAGAGGACUCUGAGUCUGAGAGGGAGCUCAACAAGCCCAACAAGCACCGGGCAAGACACGCUAGGCUCCGUCGAAGUGAAAGCCUGUCUGAUAAGCAGGUGAAGGAGGCGAAGUCUAAAUGCAAGCGUAUUGCCCUCCUCCUGACUACUUCUGCCGCCAACCCUAAUAACAAGGGGUUAUUGAUGUUCAAAAAGCAUAGACAAAGAGCCAAGCAAUACACAAUUGUAAGUUACGGAACUGGAGAAAAUGAACCAGAAAUUGAGGACGAAGAGAACGAUGACAAGGAAACACAUGCUGUUGAGUUUACAGUUCUAGCCACCAGUAAAACUGAAAUUGAUGAAGAUUUUUUCACAAAUUCCUCAGGCCACAAGAACAUUGUAACCUUUGAUUUGGAUACUGGACUGCUUGAGAUAGAGCGCAAGCUUCACAACCAAGAGGAUAUGAAUGCCCUACCUGAAACGAGAGGCAAAGGCGCCCUGAUGUUUGCACAGCGCAGGCAGCGUAUUGAUGAAAUAGCAGCUGAACACGAAGAGAUGAGAAGUAAAGGGAUUCCUGUUGAGAGUGUACAGGAAGCUGAUAAAAAUUACCAAGAUGUGAAUGUGCACUCUUUCAUUCAGACUAAUGACAGCCAGAAUUACACUGAUGUAGAUGUGCACCACCACCAGCAACACCAGCAGUACCAGCAAUACCAGGAACAGCAUUAUCAACAGCAACAGCAGCAUCAAUUUCAAGAAUUCCAACAGCAGAUGCAGUACCAUCAGCAGCAACAACAUUAUCUGCAACAGCAGGAAUGCCAGCAGGGUCAACAAUAUCAGCUUCAACAACAGCAAGUGCAACCAUAUAUUCAUAAUAUGAAUGGUGUGUCUAAUCACCAAAUAAAUGAAAUGCAAUCAUCAGUCAUUAACAGAAGUGCCAAACCAUUCUCAGUUCAGAGUAGAGGUGAAGCCCCAUAUUCCCCAUCUGCAAACCAGGGGCUGUCUUAUUUUUCAGAUGGUCAAGGGGAACAGAUUGCUUCCAGAGAUGAGCGAAUUUCUGUACCUGCAAUCAAAACAGGGAUUCUGCAAGAUACUAGCAGAAAGAACAAAGCUAAACCCAUGUUCAGUUUUAAAGAGCCUCAAAAAAUUUCUCCGAAUCCAGAGUUGCUCAGUCUUCUCAACAGGAAUGACAAAAAGACAGGCUUUGAUUCUGGUACAGAUGAGGAUUAUCUAAGCUUGGGGGCAGAGGCCUGCAACUUUUUACAGUCCACUAAAUUAAAGAACAAAACCCCACCACCAGUUGCGCCAAAGCCUCAAAUAAACCCUGUUACUCCUCCUUGGUCACCACAACCAGAAAUUGCAAGCCAGCCAUUUCAUCAAGAUGCUGAAAAUAACAUCCCUGUAACUGCCAGGGACACUGUCCCUGAAAUGGAGUCCUCAGCCAUACCAGAGGAAGAGCCAUCCUUAGCACUUGCUACUAAUCAACAGGAAACUUCAAUUCAACUACAUUCACAGGUUCAAGCAGAAGCGGGCAAUGCAUGGGGUCUUUCGGAGAAACAAUCUGGACAGCAAAUAGAAACUUGGCAUGAGAAACAAUCCCAGUCACAGAUACAUGCAAAGCCAGAGACAGUUGUUAGCUCUUGGGGUCCAUCUUCAACUCAAGCUCUUGAGCAGCAACCAAUAACUGCUUGGGGUACAGCUGAGGUUCCAUCACGAUUAAUUGCCCAAAGUCAGUCCCAGAUGCAGCCACCUUGGGUGCCACAAUCUCAAGUUCUAUCAGAAGUGCAACCACCCAUGUCUGUUCCAACACAGUCACAGCCCCAACCUUCCUGGGUGGCCCAAGGUCAACCCCAACAUCAACCCCACCAUCAGUCUCAAAUUAAUACAUGGGGAACAACUCCAACUCAAUCACCACACCAACCCCCAUGGGCCCAAAGUCAAGUGCCAGAACAGGCAUCCAUUAGUACUUGGUCCCAAGAUCUAAAUCAGCCUCAAGUACAGCCACCUUGGGCUCAACCCCAACAAGAAUCUCAACCAAUACCAUCUUGGACAGCCUCUCAACAGCAUCCCCAGUCCCCUUGGAGUCAACAUCAGAACCAGCCACAGCCACAACCAACUUGGAUUCCUCAGAACCAACAGCAAACCUUGCCUCAACCAGCUGCAAAUACAUGGAACCAAUCUCAGAGUUUAGUUCAAACACAGCCUCCAUGGACACAUCAGGCUCAAGCAUCCUCUCAGCCUCCAGUACAAAUGCAUCAACAACAGAAUCCAUGGACCUCAGUACCCCCACAGUCACAAUCACAACCAGCAUGGGCACAACAGCCUCAAGAGCAUCCACAAACAAUGAACUCAUGGGCACCAGAGCAAAACAAAAUACAGCCAACCUGGAAUCAGCCACAAUCGCCAGCUCAGGCACAACCCCCAUGGUCUCAUUCACCUCAGCAACAGACACCACCACAGCCUCAGUCUCAAACAUUGUUAAGUACCUGGCCACCACGACCCCAGCAAGGUCCAGCCAUUACCAUGAGUUCUACUGAAAGUCAGAAGCUGACACAACCAUUCAAACCUUGGAGUCCACCUCAGACCACUCAACCUCCUUCUCCACAUCAAGCAAACUCACUUACACCUAGAUCAAAGGUACCAUCACAGAUGUCUAAAAUGGGCUCAUCCUCUGGAAUGGGUUCAGCUUUUGAGAUGCCAGCAUUGCGAGGGAAAGGUGCUGAACUUUUUGCUAAGAGGCAAUCCAGAAUGGAAAAGUAUGUGGUGGAUUCUUCUACAGUACAGGCUAACAAGGCAAGAUCUAUGUCACCUUCUCCUUCUUUACCAGCCUCAUGGAAAUAUUCACCUAAUUGUCGUGCUCCUCCACCUUUGGCAUACAAUCCAUUACAGUCACCCUCAUAUCCAUUAAGUGCUAUCAAGCAAACAACCUCUUCCAGCCCUGCCUUAAAGAACAAAAAUAAAGCCACAGAAAAAGACAAAACAGCACCCAAACCACUUAAUGUUCUGGAUGUCAUGAAGCAUCAACCAUACCAACUAAAAUCCUCCCUUUUCACAUAUGGGCCAGCAGCAGAAAAACUUGUUGCAGAAAAAGAAGCAGCUGAAAAGCUUGCUGCUCAAAAAGCAGCUGAAGCUCAGGCUCAAACCCAAGCCCAAGCCCAAGCUCAGCUUCAAGCUCCUGAAGGCUAUGCUUUUAUACCACAGCAACCCCAGCCAGCCCAGCAGCCCUAUGAUUUACCUGUCCCCUCUCCUGCUAUGCAUGAUGGCCCUUAUCACCACACUCCUAACAGCUAUCAGCCAACCCCUAAUGCUUAUCAACAAGUCCCCUAUCAGCAAAUAUAUAAUCCUCCACAUGCUUACCAACAUCCUCCUUCUAACUCUUACCAACACCCCCCAAAUAUUCCAUACCAGCAGCCCCCUCCAUAUCAUGCUGGACCCUGUCCAGCUUCACAAGUACCAUGCUAUCAACCAACCCCAGCCUCUUAUGUAGUGCCUACUUGUACAGUAGCAGGAAGAUCAAAUUCAGCUACAGGAAGUAGCACUUAUUCUGCUCCAAAACCAAAGUUUUCAGCCAAGAAAAGUGAUGCACAGGCACUUGGAAGAAGCUCAUCACUAUCCCCACCAGUUCGACUCUCACCAUUGGGCCUUGCUUCCAGGUCUGCGUCUGUUUCCCCAUCACCCACAACUUCAUCUCAUGCAACCUACAACACUCGUUCAAAAGAGAGACAGGUUUUCUGGCUGGAGAAAGGACGUAAGCCCCUGACCCCAUGGGAGGCUGCAUCACGCCACCCACUGGGGCUAGUGGAUGAAGCCUUUGCUGACCAGGACAUGCAACACUCAAUUGCUUCUAAUCUGCGCUCAGCAGCAUAUCGCAAAAUGCUACCUGAACCUCCAGCUGAGUGGAAGGCCAAAGUUGCAUAUGAGCCUUCACCAAAGAGCCAGGGCUGGAGAAUGAAUCAGUCGUCUUUGUCUUUCCUUUCCCCAACCAAAAGCACAGCAUCUGCCCCUGCUGUUCCUGUACCAUAUGGAUCACCCUUGAGACAGUCUCAGCCACCUAGAUCUUUGACCGAGGCCAGUCUAGGUCCCUCUAUGUCUGGGCAACAAUACAGAAGGUCUCUGGGACAGUCAGUAUAUAGAAGCACAUAUAGUAACACCUGGAGAUGGUAAAUUCAUGGUAGUAUUGUUAACACUAUUGUUAACACUAGUGUUGUUAAAGGUCAGUGCAAAUACAGCAGGUUCUGAAUGGUUUUGUACAGAAAUUUACAAGCCACUCUAGUUUUCUAAAAAAAAAUUUGAAGAGUGAGUUUGAACAGUGUUGAAAUGUUGUUUAUAGAUGGAUUUAGAGAAGUCUGAAAGAUGGAAAAUGUUAACAUUAGAAGUAAAAGACUUUGUUUGUCACAUAUAUAGGAUUGAAAGCUGGGGUUUGAACACAGGGUCAGCAUUGAUACACAGUCUCUGGAGCAGAAUGGCUAAAGUUCGGUGCAGUAUAACAAUUUGUUUAGUACCUGGUGAUGAGACAUAAACUUCUAAAUGCUUGAAACAUUGCAAUGCUUCAAUAUCUUAAAACAGAAUGGCGUGUACACAAUACGUAAAUACAGUAUACCACUGCCAGCUUUGUUACUGUAUGUUUUCAUAUACACAGUAAUCAAUCCUAUUAGUAACAAGGCCUGUUGGUGAGAGAGUUUGGAUGAGAGGUGACUGAGAGUCUGGAUAAGGAGUCUGUUUUUUUUUUAUUUUCUUAGCACAUUAGUGGCUUUAUUAGAUUUACAUUCCAAAUUGCAUAAAUAUCACGUUGUUUUUUUUUUUUUCAAUAAAAUCAAUUUCAGUAAUGGAAAUUAACAUAAGCAAUAUUGAGAAUAUAUAACAGGCUGCUGCUUCAGUAAUGGCUAGUUCAUGUCUGAUGUUGACUUAGAUUAAAUGAUGAAUUUGUUAAAGUUGAAUAAUAUGAAUAAGGGCUAAAAAAUUGUGUUAAGUCAUGCUUAUUAGUUGGUAAUGACGAAUCACGACAUUAUGAUUUUGUUUUCACUUUACUCCAGGCACAUUACAUACUGUAUAGUGAACAAGCUUUCAUUACCAUUACCUAAUAGUUAAUAUGAAACAAGAAUACGUUACCAAGGCAGGAACAUAUUUUAAUCUGUAAGCAUUUUAAUUUGCUAAAACAUAAAUAAAAUCUGUCUUGCAAUUUAAUACUACCAACCUAGUAACUUAAUAUUGGCUAUGUACAUUAAUUAGCCUACUGUACUUCACAGCUAUAGCUUGUCUACAAAACAUGAAGUAACCAUAAUCAAAGAGGUUUUUAGGUAUUAAUAUUAAAUAAGUGCAUUACUCAAACCUAAUGUUAAUUCGGUCAGCUUUUACUGUAACCACAGUGUGACCACAUUUACAUAUUUUGUAAAGGCUUAUGUCACACUGUGCAUUUUUCUUCUCAUAGGGUUGAAUAUGUAUGCAUUCAUUCACAUUUUUUUGUGAAUUGUUGUGGAAUGUUGUGUUGUUCUUCUUGUAUUGUGACAAAUUCAAGAAACCCUACAUAAAGUAGUCUUAGUAAUGUGAUUGUGAGUAUUUUCAGUGCACUAAACACAGUGCGUGUGGUUGGAGAGCUCCAUUUAACACGUACACGUUGGUUCCCAUUAGUAUUUAAUAAGGUUGAUAUCUGGUGAUGACCACUUUCAUCAGGAAAAAAAACUGUUCAUAGUAUAAAUGUGAUUAGUCUAAGUAUCUUUUUACUGAUUUUCAGUUAUCCUUUCUUCUUAAUGAGACAGGAUAGGAAAUAUCCAUGUCAGCAAAAUACAGCAUAACAGCAUCUGCUUUUUUUCCACUUUAAUUUGUUCACUUCCUAUAGUUGCUACAUACUGUAGGUCCAACUUUUGUAUGCUACAUGACAUGUGUGUCACUGUUGUGAGUUUUACCGUAUAGCCCAUUAAAGCCGGUUAAGCUACCCCACCCCCAUGGUGAUUUUCGUUCAGUUAUGUGAAUUUCAAGCUACAGCAAAUCAUGUGUUUGUGUGAAAUUGUUGAAGCAUACAGAUUAGUUUGCCAAUUGUGACCACGUGUGCUUUUCCCUUUUUUCACAGACUUGUUACUAAUUUUCCACGCAUUGUUUAGCGCAGAACAUUUGCAUUUGCCACCGAAGCUGGCAAUUUAUAGUUCAUCAGUCGUUAGCUAACUUUUAGCACUUCUUUUGCCAGAGACAUUUGUGAGAAAUCACUUCUGAAGCCACAAUUAAAUUGAGAGUUGAAGUUCA